AUGUCGCAACAACCUCAUUUACGUCUCGGAUCAACUGCCCCAGAUUUCAAAGCUGAUACAACUAAUGGACCUAUCCUGUUUCACGAAUACAUCGGUGAUAGCUGGGCUAUCUUGUUCUCACAUUCAGGCAGUUUUACAAGUGUGUGUAGCAGCGAGCUUUCUGCGUUCGCUAAAUUAGAGCCAGAGUUCACGAAACGUGGAGUGAAAUUGCUUGCAAUUUCACCUGACCCUGUUGAAGAAAAUUCUGGCUGGAUCGAUGAUAUGGAAGAUUUUAGUGGCUCCAGAGUCAAAUUUCCAAUCAUUGCUGAUCCAGAUAGAAGAAUCUCCGUAUUAUAUGACAUGAUCGAUUAUCAAGACGCUACAAAUGUUGAUGACAAGGGUCUCAACAUGACUAUUAGAGCUGUUUUCAUUAUUGAUCCGAAAAAAACAAUCAGAUUAAUUAUGACAUAUCCAGCUUCUACAGGAAGAAAUACUGCUGAAGUAUUAAGAGUUGUUGACUCAUUACAGCUUGUUGAUAGACAAAAGGUUAUCACUCCGAUUAAUUGGGUUCCAGGUGAUGAUGUUUUUGUCCAUAUGAGUGUCCCAGAUGAUGAGGCAAGAGUUUUGUUUCCUAAAUAUAGAGCUAUAAAGCCAUAUAUUAGAUUGACUCCGUUGGAGAAGGAAGACAAGUAG